UUGCCCUGUGAUGGACUGGCGACCUGUCCAGGGUGUACCCCGCCUCCCGCCCAUAGACUGCUGGAGAUAGGCACCAGCUACCCCGUGACCCACUAUGGAAUAAGCGGUAGAAAAUGACUGACUGAAGUAUAGUAUCCCCUCUUGUUCUCCUUAACGGAUUUUAAUUGGCCACCUAUCGCCAUCUUCAGGACAGAUUCAGCAACUACAGUCCACUUUACUGUUAAACGCUUACUAACUCAGGGUUCUCGUGAGGCUGUAAAUAAAUGAUAGAGAGCGUGAAACUUUACGCAGCUACUUAAAGUAUUUAACACCAAAGCUAAAUGUAUUGUCGUCGUUUCAAGUAUAUAAAUGCUUUUUAAAGUCCUCUUUCUGCACGACAAGAUCCUGUUAUACAGUGUCAGAAGUUUUAUGUUAGCUUUGAAAUUCACCUCUCUUCCCUGAACAAAGCGCAUGUUUCAGGUCUCAUGUGGAGGAAGAGGAAGCAGGCUGUAAGGAACUGAGCGGAGCUUCUCAUUCUGGAGGAGUAUACAACCAGCUCGGGGUUGUUGGUGUUCUGGAGGUGCCGUCAGGAAUGUGAAGAGGAGGAAUUAAGAAGCUGGGGAAAAAGUCUGGGAGACGUACAUUUGAGCCAUUUGCCGUUUGGAUUUUAUUUUUCUUCCCUCAGUGAUGACUGACUGUUUGCUGCCUACUCUUCUGGAAGCCUGUGUGGUGGUCGGAGCAUCCAGUGAAAAACAUCAAGAAGUCUACCAGGCUGUUAACAGCAAUGAAAGUUCAGAGUCUCUCCUGCUGGAGCCGGAGGUUCUUUAUGUUCUGGCACCUCCCUUCUUUAGCAGACCAGCUGGGAAUGAGGCGGUGAAGUCAUGUGGAAAGCGACACCGUUCGUUUCUCAGAAAGAAGAAGGAAAAUCCUUCUUUAGAUCAAAGUGCAUCAGAGGGAAAUGGAGAAAGUCAAGAUGUUGGUGUGCCAAAAAAUAUCGACCUCAUGGCUUUGCCUCAGCUCUGCUUUCCUGGUGGUCUGCAUGUCACCCGGGAGGAGAAAAAUGAGCAGUUCCUCUUCCUGGUUUUUACUGACGUCUUCGGCAACAAGACUCAUGGUGUAGUGAUGCAGUAUUAUCGUCCAAUACUGGAAGGGAUGUCUUGUUAUCAGAACGGACCUGGAUCUUCAAAGUUCUCUAAACUGUUCUCUGCUUUUGGUGUCUGUGUCAUAUCCAAGUAUCCAUACUUUACUGCUCUCAAAGACUGCCUGUCAUGUCUUCUGUUUCAGCUGAGAUCAUGUCGGUUAUCAGAGAUGGAAGAAAGACUAAAAGAUUUUGCAAUCAAGCUGAGCCUCGUGCCAAUUCCACCUCCUGGACAGCUUCAUUUGAUGUUUACAUUACGUCCUUUGACUAUCAUAUUACCUUCCAGAGAGGACAAAAACCUACCAGCUGUUGACUUGGACCUCCACUUGCCCUUCCUUUGCUUCCGACCGCAGCAACUACUGCUGGUGCUUUCUUGCCUUCUGCAGGAGCAGCAGGUGGUGUUGUUUUCUGCUGACUGGGCAAGACUCACGCUAAUAGCAGAAAGCCUGCUCAUUUUUUUACAGCCUUUGACAUGGCAGCAUCCUUAUGUCCCGGUGUUGGCCAGAGGAAUGCUGGACUUCCUAAUGGCUCCGACUGCAUUUCUUAUGGGAUGCCAUCUGAGCCAUUUUGCCGAAGUUGCUACUGAAACAGAUGAUUUGAUUUUAGUGAAUAUUGAUGAUGGGAGCGUCUCUACAUCUUUAUCUGAUGCUAUUGAUAUUCCUGAAAUUCCUGUAGCUGCUGCUGACUACUUCAUACAGAGGAUUCAGUCAUUACAGAUUUAUUUUGACUUGGACCAGUACCACAGUGCAAGCUGCAUGGACAUCAAUGAGCAGCGUGCACAAAGAAGAACCUGGCAACACAAACUCAAUCAUAAGAUCCAGAACAUUGCAGUGGAACUGCUGGUCAACAUAUUCAGGGAUGUUAUCAGUCAUCUGAAUUAUGAACAUCGAGUGUUUCACAGUGAAGAGUUCCUGAAAACCAGAGAGCCAGAGGAACAGCUUUUUUACAGAACGGUGUUAGACACACACAUCUUCCACUCCUUCUUGAGGGAUCGUCUUAACAAAAAAAUAGAUAACUUUGCACGAAUGGAGCUCAGCACUCGUUCUGAGAGGCAGAAAACGAUGUCUAUAGUUGAGGUACCACGUAGACCAACCAUGCAGGGAAUUCAAACCAGGAGAAAGAGCUCCAUUCUCAGGAACAUGCUGAGUAAGAGACUGGGCAUGAGUCUGCCUAACUUAAGGGCUGACCAAACUUUCGGUUUUGAGAGAAACCCUUUGCUCACCAGUGCCGUCAUGUCUGAUUCAGUGCUAAAAACACUACCCAACCCUGUAAAGGUUUUUAAACUCCCAGACUUCCCAGUGUCUCUGUCGUUCCACUCUGUGCAAGCGUAUUACAGUGAGCUCAUCCAGUUGCUGGGGAAAGCUAUUUUCUCGGUCCAAAAUGAGAACUCUGCUCUGCUUGCCAGAUUUUACUACUUACGAGGUUUCAUCAACACGUUGUGUUCAAGGCGACUGGACGCUUUAACUGAUUUCCAGAAUCUCAACAAGACCGACAAGGCAAUUUUUCCCACGCAUUUGUUCACGUGGCUCGUGGACACUCUGCACCAAGAUGAGUGGCAGCAAGUCCACAAAAGACCUGAGCUCAAGAGACUCAUUUUCAAGAUUAAAACAGAUAAUGAGAAGCCGGUUGUCCAGACAGACAAUCACAUCAAGAAGUUUGAACUUCCUCAGAAUCCCAUGGAUCGGGAGGAGUUUGUGCGCUGCAUUCAGGAAUGUGGAAUUGUAAAGGAUGUUGCAACAAUACUUCGUUUAUUUGAUGCACUCACUAAUGGAGAACAUAAGAAGGUGGACCCAGAAGUCUUCAGAGAGUUUUACACCUUCUGGAAGGAGACGGAGGCUGAAGCACAAGAUGUAAACCUCCCCUCUGAGGUCAUCAGCCACCUCGACAACAGCGAAUAUAUUUACAAGUUGUCGUCCUGCGUCAAGACCUCGCAUGGUGUUGGGAAAAUAGCCCUGACACAGAAACGUUUGUUUCUGCUCACUGAUGGACAGCUGGGCUUCCUAGAUAUCACAAAGUUCAGAGACAUACAGGAGGUAAAGAUGACCUCAGCCCCUUUUCUUCUUGUCCGUAUUCCCUCUCUUCGGAUCAGGACAUUCAGCAGGCCUGAGUUUUUUGAAGCCAACCUGAAGAUUGAAACUGAACUCUGGUAUCUCAUUGUCAAAGAAAUGUGGGCUGGGCGCAAGAUGGCUGACCAAGACAAGGACCCUCAGUACAUGACUCAAGCUCUGACCAAUGUCUUGUUAAUGGAUGCUGUUGUUGGCUGCCUGCACCCCAACAAGUCCAUCUCUGCAGCUUCAAAGCUGGUUUACUUUGAUAAAAUCAUACAUGAAGUUCAUAUGACGGUUCCUAACACUACCUCAGAGACUCUAAAGCACAAAAUCAACCCAUCUCUGGACCUAGCAGAACCUCAGGCUGUAUGUGUGCUGCUGUACACACCAGGUCAGCUGAGAGCCAAAAAUUCCCAGACAUUGAUGAACCCAAAGCUGUGGGUGGCUCUGAGUGGAGGCAGAGUGGUUGUAUUUGAUGCAGCUAGCUGGUCAAUGCUGCAGGACUGCAUUCAGAUUGGAGACACACAAGUGACCUGCAUGAUGGGGCUGGAGCAGGAUCAGGUGUGGAUGGGUUCUCAGGACUCUGUUAUCUACAUCAUUGACAUUCAAAGGAUGUCCUGCAAUAAACAGCUGACUGAACACCGACAUGAAGUGACUGGCCUCUCUGUUGACACCCGAGAUCAUAAUAGGCAACUUGCCUACUCCUGCAGCUGUGAUGGGACAAUCCUGCAGUGGGACUCGACCAGUCUCAAGGUGAAGCGCCAGUUCUACAUCAGCUGUGGCCGUCUCUGCUUCAUACGGUUUUAUGACGGCAUGCUUUGGUGCUGUUGUGGUGACAGCAUUGUGGAACUGAAAACGACUGGCACACCACAGAGGAGGAUAGUGCUUCCUGAUGACCUACGUAGCAUGCCUAGCUGCUUUAGUUGCUUCAUUGUUGUUCCAGAGCGCGGGCAGGUUUGGACAGGCUGCUCCGACUCGGUGGAGUUAUGUCUCUGGAAGAUUAACAACCUUAAACAACCUCCCAAACGAAUCUCUCUGCCAGGCACUUCAGGAGUCACAUGUAUGAUUCGAGUCAAAAGCAAGAUCUGGGUUGGCUGUCGAGGAUGGAGCAGAGUUGGAGGUCUUUGUGAUGGUCAGCUGAAAAGCCUGGUGUUGGUGGUAGACUUGGACAGUCUCAUAGUGACAAAAGAGCUACUGGCCCAUUCAGACAGUAUUCAGACUCUCUGCUCUGCAGAGGAUCGUUACGUCCUGAGUGGCUCUGCACGCCGGGAUGGCAAGAUCGCCAUCUGGCAGGUUGACUAAAGAACAUUUCAAUAUAACCAGAAGACAAAAUGUCAAUAUACAAUUUAAAUAUUAGAUUUAGGUACCGAUGUUUUUUUUGCCAUUUUGUUUUUUCUCAGAUUGAAAACUGAGAUUUACUGUGAUAACUACUAGGAAAAUGGCAUUUAGAGAAAUAAUUUUUAGAUUUUAAUGUAAUAAAUCUGCUAAUGACACACAAAAUGCAAGAAGAUGAAAUCUGUAAUUUUUCUGUUUCUGUAUAUUUUAGUUUUAGAAGUGAUAUCAGUAAAAUGCAGAAAUGUCAUAACUGGUUUUAUAUAUAAGUAUUUCUAAUAAAGUUUUUCAAUUUU